AUGCCUCGCGCCAUAGUUCCAGCGCAUCAGCGACAAAGAGCAGCCGAAGCGUGCAAUUUAUGUCGCGAGACCAAGAAGCGAUGCAGUGGCUCUGCGCCGUGUACUCAAUGCGUGCGUCGCGGCCUGGACCAGCAAUGCUUCAUCACCUACGCUCCUCGGGGAUCAAGGACGAGGGCGCGUGCAGAGGCUGCUAGUCGAGCUGCUGCGUCGAGUACGAAUGAUAGAAUGAGUAUCAGCUCGAAUCAGAGCAGUCAGCCGAAUUUAGACACAAAUGAAGGAUACAGACCGUUGUCGCCUUCGCAUUCUCAGCAAGAUGACGAGAAGGAUGGCCAGACUGAGGCGUCGUCUACGAACCCACCACGGAUGCUGCUAAAUUCACGAGGCGAGCGAGUUUAUAUCGGCAGUGCUGCAUCUAUAUCAUUUUUGCAAAUUGUGCGGAAUCUGGUCUCCCAGCAGAUCGGACCGUCGGCCUUUUCUCAUAACGAGAAGAGCGACACCAUGCUUGAGAUCGAGUCUCCGACAGCUACCACCCGCGAUGAAGCAAGUUUAUUAAUACUAGAUACGGAGCAGAAAAAGAGAUAUUUAAGGUCUUAUCACGUAGUGACGGAAGCGUUGAUCCACGUCUUUGACGCGUCGGAACUUGAGCAACUGCUCGGCACAGACAAAGACACAGAAAACUUCUCUCCCACAGCACUAUCACCACUAAAGCAAGCCUCGGUAGACUUGGUGAUUGCCAUUGGUGCUCAAUGCGAGUCCCUCUCGAGCGCGCGAACAAUAGGACAGGCAUACUUCCGCAAGGCUCGCACCCAAGCAUUUGUCGGGUUUCUAGAGGACCCUGAUCUGGAAAUGGUCCGCACAUUUAUCCUCAUGGCAUUUUUUAUGCUUGGGGAGUGUAGAAGAAAUGCUGCGUUUAUGUAUCUUGGUGUUGCUGCGAAAGCUGCCCUUGCUCUUGGACUGCAUAGCCGAGAGUCAUAUGCUGCCAAACCAGAUUUGGGAGAUCAGUCAAAAUACCGCAUAUGGAUGAGUGUGUGUAUCGUUGACAAGCUCACCAACUCUCUUCUAGGCCGACCUUCCGCCUCGGCCCAGAUCCGAUCGGAUAGCAGCAGUAAGCUGGACGAUGUCGCACAGCCUGGGGAUCGCAUCACAGAAUGCCUUAUGGCUGCCAACAGAGUUUCUUCAAUCAUAAACGACAUCACAGACACGCUUUAUGACCAGAAAAAGGUCACCACUUCAAUUGUUGAACAGUUUUUACAAGAUAUUGAACGCUGGAAACGCGACCUUCCUGCAUCUGUCAGAAUACCAGCCGGUGACGCCGGUUCAAGCAUGCAACAUGGAACUAUUGCAAAGGUGCACGUCUCGUGUCUCUACUAUCUAGCGGUUAUGCUAGUGUCAAGACCCUUUCUGAUUUCUACCCUGACAGCAAAGCCGCUUAGCAAAGGAGCCCAUUCACAAUUAGCUGCGGCAUGUCUUGAUGCGGCUAUGUAUCUGUCGCAGACAUGUGUAGAAGCCCUCAACGCCGGUUUGUUACAGGGAAAUAUGUGUAUUAUGAAAGCCCUCGUUUUCGCAUCGGGGCUGAUCCUGGGCUUAGAGAUCUUCGCAAAGUAUCCAGUUGAAUCGGACAUCAACAACGCAUUCCAGGGCGCCAAGGAAGUUCUCAAGCACUUGUCAACACAAAGUCCACAAGCAGCGCAUUACCUAGAUAUUCUUACCACCUUAUCUGGCGCAAUCGACAAGCGGCGAUCUACCGAGACGUCCACUGGUAGAAGUCGAUAUGUGUCCAAACUGUUCAGUCUGGAUACACCGACGCAGGGUGCAGGGUCACAAGCUGGCCAGGAGAUGCUGGAUACCAUGUUUCCCUUCACAGAUGGUCAGCCUGGUCAGAUGGUGGAUGAUGCGAUGCAGGAUUGGGUGUUUCAACAGCCUGAGGAUGGUGAUUUUAGUUUGGACUGGGAGAGCUUGAAUGUGUCUUUAUGGGAUACGUAUCCGUUUCUAUCAUAG